AUGUCUCUAGGACCUCGGGGUCGGGGCGUGUCAAAUAAACCCACGGGACUUACUGUUUUGAACCUAAAUUGGUGUCGAGAACUCAAGAGCCUGCCUAGCAGCAUUCAUAUGGGAUCUCUUCAAACCCUUAAUCUUUCUGGUUGCUCAAACCUUGAGAAGUUUCCAGAGAUUUCAGGUGUUAUGGAGAAGCUAUCAGAGCUUUAUUUAGACGGGACGGCAAUUAAAGAACUGCCUUUGUCAAUUAAUAAACUCACGGGCCUUACUAUUUUGGACUUAAGAGGCUGUCGAGAACUCAAGAGCCUGACGAGCAGCAUUCAUAUGAGAUCUCUUCAAACCCUUAAUCUUUCUGGCUGCUCAAACCUUGAGAUGUUUCCAGAGAUUUCAGAAGUUAUGGAGGAGUUGUCAAAGCUUUAUUUAAAUGGGACUGCAAUUAAAGAACUGCCUCUGUCAAUUAAUAAACUCACGGGCCUUCCAAUUUUGGACCUAAGAGGCUGUCGAGAACUCAAGAGCCUGCCGAGCAACAUUCAGAUGAGAUCUUUUCGAACCCUUGAUCUUUCUCAUUGCUCAAACUUUGAGAAGUUUCCAAAUAUUUCAGAUGUUAUGGAGAAUCUAUCAGAGUUAUAUUUACAAUGGACUGCCAUUAAAGAACUGCCUUCGUCAAUUAAUAAACUCAAGGGCCUUACUCUCUUGGACCUAAGACACUGUCGAGAACUCAAGAGCCUGCCGAGCAACAUUCAUAUGGGAUCUCUUCAAACCCUUAAUCUUUCUGGCUGCUCAAACUUUGAGAAGUUUCCAGAGAUUUCAGAUGCUAUGGAGAAUCUAUCAGAGUUAUAUUUAGAUGGGACUGCCAUUAAAGAAUUGCCUUCAUCAAUUAAUAAACUCACGGGCCUUACUGUUUUGAACCUAUCUAGGUGUCAAGAACUCAAGAGCUUGCCUAGCAGCAUUUAUAUGGGAUCUCUUCAAACCCUUAAUCUUUCUGAUUGCUCAAAUCUUGAGAAGUUUCCAGAGAUUUUAGAUGCUAUGGAGAAUCUAUCAAAGUUAUAUUUAGAUGGGACUGCAAUUAAAGAACUGCCUUUGUCAAUUAGUAAACUCACGGGCCUUACUGUUUAGGGUAUCUUCUUCUAGGGCUUGUUACGUUGAACCUAAGAGAUUGCAAAAAACUCAAGUCUCCCAAGCAGCAUUUGUGAUCUCAAGUCCCUUCACUAUCUUAGUCUUUCUGGUUGCCCAAAGUUUGAGGUGUUGGAAUUAUUGGGUAUUGCUCAUUUAUCAUUAUUGAAUACAUUAGAACUCUGCAGAAACAAUUUUGAGAGCUUGCCUGCAGAAAUGAAUUGGCUUCAUUGGUUAACAAGUCUCAAAUUGGAAGGUUGCAAGGGACUGACAUCAAUACCAGAGAUUUCAUCAACUAUAAGGUUCAUAGAUGCCCAUGAUUGCACAGCUUUGGAAUCUGUUUCAAGACCGAGCAAGUUUUUUCCCAAGAAUCUUUACUUGACAUUUUCAAACUGCUUCCAGCUGGUGCAAAAUCUAUUUGAAGAUAUUGUGGAAGCUCAUCGGAUCUCAAAUUGGAAGGUUGCAAGAGAAUGAAAUCAAUAACAGAGCUUUCAUCAAGCAUAAAUUUCAUAGGCGCCCAUGAUUGCACAGCUUUGGAAACUCUUUCAGGACCAAAGCUUCUUUACAGUAAUCUUUACUUCACAUUUUCAAAAUUCUUCCAGCUGGUGCAAAAUCUAUUUGAAGAAAUUGUAGAAGCUCAUCAGGGUUAUCUGCAAACUCUUUCCUUGUUUAUGUAUCUUCCUGGAAGUAAACUUUCAGAUUGGUUCAGCCAUCAGUGUAGUGGAUCUUCAGUAACUGUGCAUCUACCACCGGUGUCGGAUCAUAAGAUUUUGGGAUUUGCUGUAUGCGGUUUUACUAAGUUCAAGUACGCGCAUUAUAUGUCUGAUCUAUCUGCCCUGUGUUUUUGUACCUUCAAAGGAGAGCACGGCGAGCUCAGUUUCAGAUUUUAUUUGCUUGAUUGGAGUCACACGUGACAGGUUACUUGAGUCAGAUCACAUGUUCAUGGGAUAUCUUCCAUUGAAAAUAGGAGUGCAGCUAAGUGAGCGCUGUACCACGGAGGCCACAUUUAGAGUUGAACUAAAAGAUGGAGUCCAAUCACGUGAUUCUUGGGCACCAGUGCAGCAGCAUCGCAUCAGAAGGUGUGGAGUUCGUCUCUUUUAUGCCAAUCAUGAGGAGGUGCAUAACCAAAGCAUGACACAGCCCGACUUUCGUCAUGAAAAUUCUGGAGCGGAACUUCGUACUUUACGCAGAUCACUGGUAAGAGUUGCUCAUUCUAAGAGGAACCGUGAGGGGUGUUGCUAUAAUGAGGCUGAACAAAGUGGAGGUGAAACCCCUGAUGCAGAGGAUUUACAGUCUAAAAGAUUGGUACUUCCUGAUGGGGCAAAGGAAAACUGAAGAGAAUAACUCCUGUGUGUUGGAUUUGAUGGCUUAGUUCUGUUGGGUCUCGACGCUUUCUUACGCGGACCUAAAACCAAACUGUUGUGGCUCUUUAGUUGGCAUAUGCGGAUCCCAUGCUAGGUCUUUUUAGUGCUCGUAUAUAAAGCCUCACAAUGUGCAAUUUGGAUGAGAGGGUGGGAACCGAAGCAGCUGCACCAGUGUGACGGAAAGAGGAGCCGAAACCCAAUAGAAGAGAGAAAUAAUUGGGAGCUGCUGCAUUUAAGGUUUUGUAAGAGUGAAUCCAAUUAGAGAUUGUUGUAGUUGCAGAGAGACAAAUAUUUUGUUUCUAAUUCGUUUUUUUCCCUCUUCUAUUUGUGUUUGUAUUUGGGUGUAUUUUGGGUUUGAGUUUGAGAGCUUUCUUUGUAAUCUCGUUUUGUUUAUUAGUGGAACUUCCUCUCUGUCCCCAAACUGGAUAUAGGUUUUCGCUAAACCAGUAUAAAUCUUUGUGUCAUUUUGAA